GACACUUUUGUCGUAUCACUCAGUCUUCUCUACUGACACGUCUUUCCCCCCAUUGUUUUCUCUCUAUUAGUUACGAGUAUAUUGAUAACAAUCACAUUUCAUAUAACUCCAUAUUUACACACAAGUAGUCCAUAACUCCAAAAAGGGCGUUACAUUACAACAGAUUUUGAACAAGAUAGAUAUGGGUGGUUUUGCCAAGGAGUAUGAGUUCUUAACAGAGAUUGGGAUUAAGCCACAAAAUAAAGGUAGUUUUGUUAACGGUUCUUGGAAAGGAACUGGCCCCGUUAUCUCUUCCGUCAAUCCUGCUACCAAUAAGCCUAUUGCUGAAGUCGUAGAAGCUUCUCCUCAAGAAUAUGAGGAGGGCAUGCGGGCUUGUUAUGAUGCUUCAAAAAUUUGGAUGCAAGUUCCUUCACCAAAGAGAGGUGAAAUUGUUAGACAGAUUGGUGAUGCAUUAAGAGCCAAGCUUGAUUACCUUGGCCGGCUGUUAUCACUCGAGAUGGGUAAAAUCCUUCCAGAAGGAAUUGGGGAAGUUCAAGAAGUUAUAGAUAUGUGCGACUUUGCAGUGGGGUUAAGCCGUCAAUUGAAUGGAUCAGUCAUACCCUCUGAACGUCCAAAUCAUAUGAUGCUUGAGAUGUGGAAUCCCCUCGGAGUAGUAGGUGUCAUUACAGCCUUCAAUUUUCCUUGUGCUGUUCUUGGAUGGAAUGCGUGCAUUGCUCUGGUCUGUGGAAACUGUGUUGUUUGGAAAGGUGCUCCAACCACACCGUUAAUAACAAUAGCAACAACUAAGCUAUUUGCAGAAGUACUAGAAAGAAACAAUUUACCAGCUGCUAUCUUCACCUCAUUUUGUGGGGGUGCGGAUAUUGGUCAAGCCAUAGCAAAGGAUACACGCAUACCCUUGGUUUCCUUCACUGGAAGUUCAAAGGUUGGUCUUAUGGUUCAACAAACAGUGAGCCAGAGGUUUGGAAAAUGCUUGCUUGAAUUGAGUGGAAACAAUGCUUUAGUAGUCAUGGAUGAUGCUGACAUCAAACUUGCUGUUCGCUCUGUCUUGUUUGCUGCUGUUGGUACAGCAGGUCAGCGCUGCACAACAUGUCGCAGACUGCUUGUUCAUGAAAAGGUAUAUGAGUCUGUGGUUGAGCAACUACUUGAAGCCUAUAAACAAGUCAAAAUUGGGGAUCCGUUAGAGAAAGGUACUUUGCUUGGACCUUUGCACACUCGAGCUUCAAGAGAGAAUUUUGAGAAAGGAAUAAGGAAUAUCAAAUCUCAGGGAGGGAAAAUCCUCACAGGUGGUUCAGUUAUAGAAUCUGAAGGAAACUUUGUACAACCGACAAUAGUUGAAAUAUCACCUAGUGCCGAUAUCGUGAAGGAAGAACUCUUUGGUCCCGUCCUAUAUGUUUUAAAGUUUAAGACAUUUGAAGAAGCUGUUGAAAUAAACAACUCAGUGCCUCAAGGGUUGUCUAGUUCUAUAUUCACUCGCUCACCUGAACUUAUCUUCAAAUGGAUUGGACCUCAAGGAAGUGAUUGUGGUAUAGUUAAUGCAAAUAUACCAACCAAUGGUGCUGAGAUCGGUGGUGCUUUUGGUGGUGAGAAGGGUACUGGGGGUGGCCGUGAAGCAGGAAGCGACUCUUGGAAGCAGUAUAUGAGACGCUCAACAUGUACGAUCAACUAUGGAAGCGAACUACCACUUGCACAGGGAAUCAACUUUGGCUAGUAGAUAUUUCCCGGUCGGUUUAAACUUUCAAUACCAGGAAAGCAUGAGAAGCACAGUGCAGGUGGAUGCUUAACUUGGACUCGUAAUUUAUAUCACAUAAUAAUUCAAAAAUCGAUAGAAUAAAGGCACUUAACUUGGACUCGUAAUUUAUCCAUGAUCUAAUAUAUCGAUUAUUAUAUGUGGGUUCA